AUGGAUCCAUUAUCAUUUGGCGCAAGUGUAAUCGCCAUCGCAGCUCUUGCCACCCAAACUUGUUCCGCUCUUUCAGACCUACGGGCGCUUUGUGAAAGCUUACCAGGACGCCUUCACGCGGUCAACAAUGAAGUCGCGGAUCUCAACCUCGUGCUUCUCCAGGUCUCUCUUCUCAUCGAGAGUCGAGCAUUCUUACCCGAAACGAAGUCUUCAGCGAUCCCACAUCUCUUGCAGCAAGCCAACAAAAAAUUGCUUGAGAUCAAAGACAUUGUUUGUCAGCUCAACGUGGCUUGCCGUGCUUCAAGAAUGUCGAUUUCUAAGGCUCAUGCUUGGCGAAAAGAACAAAGCCGACUGCAGGUUCUUCAAGAGGAUAUCAGAGCUGUCAAGGCCAAUUUGAAUGUCAUGCUUGGUGCUUCCAACUCGCAAGAUAUGACAAGGAUGCGCAUGGACAUUGAAGCUAUAUCGGCUGUCACUUUUGAAUCAUCGCAACAGCAGAUUGUGACAGAAAAUAACGUUCUGAGCGGACUUGCUGCUGUCGAUCAACGCAUAGCCAGGGUUGAGGAAAUGUUACUAACCCAGUCACAUCAUGUUCAAGCGAGACAAUUUACCCAAGUUGGAUGGUCGUACGACAUGUUCGCUUCUCGAACGCAAGAUCAAUCUCUCGUUCGAAAAGACACUCCGCUGGCGACAACAAGCUCUGAAGGUAUGAGGAUUCGUGUCAGUCCAUUUUCAGCUACCUGUCGCUCGGGCUGCGCAUGUUUGUGUCAUUCGGACCAGAAGGCGACAAGUCCCGCACUCGUCAACCGUGUUUUAGGUCAGCUUUUCGUCGGCUACUCCGGGAUUCCCUAUUUCAGCCCCAAGUGUAAUUUGCUUGCAUGUAAUAAGUCACGCAAUAGGCAAGUCAGUCUUGAGUACUGGUUUCCCUUUGCGUUUCUGUCAUCUGCGAUUGUGCGUCUUCAAGUUGGGUAUCAACCCAACAUUGGAACAUUGCUACACCUCGAUACACUACGGCGGGUACCUGACACCGCACAGUGUGUCAGCUUCGCAUUGAAUGGCAACAUUGACGGUCUGAAGUAUCUUUUCAGUAAUGGGCUGGCCUCUCCACGUGAUGUCAGCACCACUCGCGGGUAUUCGGUUCUUAGAUGGGCUCUUUACGGCAAACAGUAUGAGACAUGUGAAUUUUUGAUUCACGCCGGUGCAGACGCCGACUACAAACCAAUCGCUGGCAGCGAUAACAGCCCGAGAAAUAAAGCGUGUCACUUCCUUCUGGAAGGUGGAAUUUCUGAAACUGCGGUCGGUGCCCUUCGUAUCAUCGCCAAAAACGGGUAUCUUGAAGAUUUUAUCGACGAAGCACGAUUUACGAAGAUUCAUAAAAUUGUCCUUGGCUUAUCGAUGCUGAGCCUCGAGGACGAGAUAGCCCACACUCCGGAGGAUAUCAAUGUUGUUGACGCCAUGGGUCGCACUGCAUUGGCAUGGGCAGCCGCCCGAGGGGAUACGCGAGCCAUUGUGACACUCCUUAGCCACGGCGCUGAUCCAAACAUACUCGACGUGCAGUUAUCCGGCCCUCUAUCAAAUGCAGCUUCCCAAGGUCACACCGUUGCCGUUCGGCUACUUCUGGAGGCGGGAGCACAACCAGAUGUACGCCAUCCUAGUGGUGAAAAGAAGGGCAGUCCGCUCAAUUGCGCUACUCGGAACGCUACUGAUAUCUUGCUUCUAAAAUCUUUGCUGGACUUUGGAGCAGAUGUGGAUUCAAGCGGGAACGAUGGAAAAACCGGGCUUAUUCAUGCGGCAAGAAUGGAUAAUGCUGGGUUCGCUAUGCUGUUGUUAGAAUACGGCGCCAACAUCAACUCAGUGUCGGCUGACGGGUCAACUCCUCUGACCACCGCAAUCAUGUACAACAGUCAUAAUGUCCUACGAUUGUUCCUAGAUCGAUGGCAUGAGUACUCAAUCUGCCCUCGUAUGCAAGGCCCCAACCUUCUCCAGAUCGCGGCAUUAUACGCUGAUUCCACCACGCUGCAAAUUCUGGCCGCAACUGAUCAUUUCCGAAGAAAGUACGAUAAACAAUAUACCCUUGGCGAUUUUGGGAAUGACCUAAAGCAGCGUCCAGACUAUACGGAAAAGCUGGCAUUAGCCUUCGACGAACUCCUCAGAGUUGUCAACCAGGUGCCGGAACUGAGGAAGUCAUCCUCUCCGAUAUUUACCGAUUCUGGACUACUGUCUUGGUGUCUAUUUAGAUCAAAUUCGGGUUUCGAUGAGGUGCAGGAUCCUGGGAGCGCUUGCAGCUCUGAUGGGAGUUUCCAUGAUGCGAUUGAAAAGCAUCCACUGAUUACGGAGAGCUUCGUUGCUAUAGAUUAA